AGGCGAAGUCCUGGCCGUGCCGAGCGCCGGCAGCCACCCCGGAAAGAAGACGCGCUCGGUGCCGGCGGCGACGGCGGCGUAAUAGGAACCGGCGGGGGGAAGAACGGUUGGCUGCGGGCCGUCGAGCCUCCGCGGGGGCGGCGUGGAAGCCAGGCGCGGAGCAUGGGGGCCGCCCGGCUGCUGCGGGCCGCGCUCUGGGCCCUGCUCCUGCCGCUGAUAAGUGCCCAAGGAGGAAUUCUUCAUGCAGUUCAAAUUGACAAACCCUAUUUAACAAAGAAUUAUUGCAUCUUUUACAAUUCCACCUGGACUACCCUUCCUGAUAGCUUAUCUAGCAUUGACUAUGCAAGUCUGGAGUUCCUGACCCCUAAGAUGCUCUGCAGCCGAUCCGACGUUACCAAAGACAUCAAGGGCAAAGCUAUCGUAGUGAAGAGGGGAAAUUGCACUUUUCUAGAAAAGGCAGAGAUUGCUCAGCAUUUCGGUGCUAAAUUGUUGGUGAUAGCCAGCGAAACUGUUAUAGGUGCUCCUGGAGGAAACAAGACCGACAAUCUCACCAUUCCCAUUGCGCUCGUUAAAGACUCAGAUAUAAAGGAUUUGGAACAGACUCUUGGAAGAAAUGUUAAUGUGGGAUUAUAUGCACCCCCUGAACCGCUCUUUGACUAUAGUAUCGUGAUCAUUUUCCUAAUUGCGAUGUUCUGUGUGUCUGUUGGAGGCUACUGGAGUGGCAGGGCAGAGCUUGAGAAGCUAAAACGAGGCCCCAACCCGGGGAGCAACGAGUCGUUAUCGGAUGAAGAAACUCUAACUUUAACCCCUCUGAGUGUGGUCAUCUUUGUGUCCUUCUGCUGCAUUAUGCUGGUCUUGAUGUAUUUCUUCUACAAAUGGCUCGUGUAUAUGGUCAUUGCCAUAUUCUGCAUAGCAUCUGUUUCAAGCAUGUACUCCUGUCUCUCUGCCCUACUGAAAAACAUACCUUAUGGACAAUGCAGGUUUCCGUGCUGGAAUCAGGCUCUUGAAGUAAGACUGGUUUUCCUCUUGCUGUUUUGCGUAGCGCUGUCCAUUACCUGGGCUGUGUUUCGGAACGACGAUAGAUGGGCUUGGAUUUUACAAAACAUCCUUGGCAUUUCUUUCUGUCUGAACUUUAUUAAAACACUCAAAAUGCCUAACUUCAAGAGUGGAGAAAGUAUUAUGGUUGAAGUGGCACUUGGUCCUCUUGACAGCAGUGAAAAGAGUGAUGGAAACUUGAUGGAUGCCUCUGCUGAACAAUCAGCUCCUCACGAGAAAUUGCCCGUGGUCUUCAAGGUGCCCAGAUUGGACUUGUCACCAACAGUGUUGUGUUUGAGGCCAUUUUCAUUACUUGGAUUUGGUGAUAUUGUCGUUCCAGGUCUCCUGGUGGCGUACUGCAACAGGUUUGAUGUGCAAACCUCCUCUUCCAACGUGUAUUUCAUUAUCUGCACCAUAG